AUGUCGCAGACCCCCGACCUCGAGCACAAAAGGAAGCGUUCUGUCCUGGACGCCGGCGGCCAGCACAGCUACCCCUCACCGCAACAGAAUCCCCUUCAGCAGAGUCACGGCGGCUACAUCAACUUUCUACCUAGGCCUAAUGCUGAGCGUCUAGCUCUCAUCCAGGCUGACGCGGAUACUUUUGCCGAUAUUCUACAUUCUCUUGCGGGUUACGAGGGCGCGCUUGACCGACAGGAAAGUUUGGCCGCCAAUCUUGGCGCAAAACUUACAGGGCCCCGGAUCCUCAAAGGCAUUGAGCGCUUCUUUGACGGCCCAAUAAAAACAAACGCAACCCAGCCUUUUGCAAACCAAAUCGGCUGGAUAGAUGUUGUUUUACAUGCCAAGGCACAUCCCAACGAGUUUGUCUUUGCCACCCUCCCUAAUGGCACUCGAUGUUGCCAAUUUCACUACAAAGGUCUGCAGUGCGAAAUUACCGAGGAUGAUUGGCGAUUAAUAUCAUCUGGCGCGCUCGAUCGCUUCCCACUCGAACAUCCAUUUGAGGAAGACGAGACGGCGGAAUUAGCCACCCUGGAUAUCCUCGAAUCCAGAGCCUCUGUUCUGUACAAGAGGGCCGAUGAAGUCGCAGCUAGGGCCCGCAUACUACAUCACCGCUUAGGACAACGGAAGCACGAGCUCUCCAGGAGGCGCAAUGCCGAAAAUGGACAACGAUAUCCAUCUACUGGUGGCAUUCCGCCUUCGCGACUGUCGGCAACCGGCGCGCCGCAUGAUCUCCAUGCCGACCUACUGCAGCAGUUUCUCGCAGCGUCAGCACAAAGCACAGCCCCGCCGUCCCGUUCACAGUCCGUUACCGCCUUAUCACCAAUGGGGAUACUACCCAUUUCUCCAUCCGUGGCAUCACCACACCCCAACCAGCAUCGACUGUCCGUGACUUCGGGGCGUUCUGGCAGCAGCAGCCACCCGACCGAGAGCUCUGCCAUGACAGAAAUGGACCACCGCGCAGAAUUCAUGCGCUCGCUCGUUACGCAAAAAGCCGAGAAGCUGAAGCGCGGCGAUGUCAUUAGCCCGGCCUGCGAUCGUUGUCGCCGCCUGCGGUUACACUGCGUAAAGCACCUGACGGCUUGCCAGGGGUGUACGAAGAAGCAUGCAAAAUGCACCUGGCGGACCACUACGGACGAGGAAGCAGAGUUGCUUAAACGUGAGAUGGGCAUUCGCGUGGAGCGCGAUGCGCGGGUUGCCUCGGAGGGCGUCUCGCCACCCGAUGAGCUCCCCGCGCCGUUCACUGUGGAGGGUGUGACAAUGCGACCAAGCAGCCGUGCAGAGACCGAAUUCAGCACCUCUGUACCGUCGACAGCCUACAGUCCCGGUCCACUCUCCAGCGCACGCUCUGAUCUCAGCGCCGAACCUGGCAGGAUGAGCUUGCCGCCCGUGCUUUCUGGCUUGUCUGGGCCGCCCUCUAUACCGCGAGGUCGUGAUCCGUCGCGACUAAAUCAAAUGGCGUCGAUCCUAACGGAUUCAAACUACAUGCGACCGCCGUACCACACCUAUCACCCUCCACCAUACCCUUCCGCACAACAAUCCCCAUUGCAGCCUCCACCGCCACCUCAUUGA